AUGUCCGAGUCGCCCGGCCCACGUCACCUUGAACGGCCGGGAUCCGAGCCCGCGCCGUCCAGGGUUCCCUCGUUGGAGAACCGGUGUCGAGGCCGAGCAUCUCCAGCGGUGGAACUCCCUGGCCUCGGUGACCUUGAAGCUCCCGUCGCCGGUGAGGUUGAAGGUCAUCGUCAUGCAGUCGCUGGAGGUGCUGAAGAUCUCUUUCAGUGUAUUGGAUCUUUUUUCAGUGUGAGAACCUUGGACAACCCCGCUCGACCUCUCGUCCCGAACGCCAUUGCUGCCGGCGGGAUCCACUGCCGGCCUGCUCAGCCCCUUCCUCAGGACCUGGAGGAAUGGGUUCAAGGAGCUGGCGAAGACGGUUUCAUCUUCUUCAGUCUAGGAUCUGCUCCAUCGGAUAUGCCCGAGGAGUACCGCCAGGUCUUAGUGAAGGUGUUUGGGUCCCUGAAGCAGCGCGUGUUGUGGAAGUGGGACCAGGAGGACAUGCCCGACCUACCCCCCAACGUGCGGCUCGGGAAGUGGCUCCCGCAGCAAGACAUUCUAGGCCACGCGUCCCUCCGCCUCUUCAUGACACACGGCGGACAACUGAGCACAAUGGAGUCCACGUACCAUGGCAUCCCGGUUCUUGGCUUGCCCGUGAUGGGGGACCAGCACACCAACAUGGUUCAGGUGGCGAGGGAGGGCUGGGGCAAAGUCAUCUUCUGGGACCAGCUGUCAGAGGAGGUCUUGACGGAAGGGAUUCGCUCGGUCAUGGACGAUCAGAGCAUGAGACAAGAAGCAAAGCGACGCUCCCGAGUGAUGAAGGAUCAGCCUCAGCCCGCGGGGGAAGUCGCAUCCUACUGGGUGAACUACGUCAUCAGGCACAAGGGAGCGCCUCACCUGCGGUCGCCCGUGGUCGCCAUGGCGUGGUACCAGGUCGUCGAUGUGAUGACCGCGGCGGCAGUGGCGAUCGGGAUCACGUACCUCCUCGUGAAGCUCCUCGCCGUAGGAUGCGCGAGACUCUGCUCCUCCAAGGGCAAGCGAAAGCGCGACUAG